AAUGAAGUUUGCCGCGAGAUUGGUAGACAAUUGUCCAGCAAGUAUGAAACCGUACUUAAAACUGGCAAGAAUAGACAAACCUAUAGGAUCCUGGUUACUAUUCUGGCCUUGCGGGUGGAGCAUAGCCAUGGCAGCACCACCGGGUGCCUUGCCGGACCUUCAACUUUUAGCGCUGUUCGGAACGGGUUCGUUCCUGAUGCGUGGCGCAGGGUGUACCAUGAACGACAUAUCCGAUCAAGACAUCGACAAAACGGUAGCCAGAACGAGGGACAGACCAUUGGUCACCGGAGAAAUUUCACCUGUACAGUCAUUAAUUUUCCUCGGAAGCCAAUUGACUUUGGCGUUGCUCGUAUUGUUACAACUAAACGUUUAUAGUAUCGUAUUGGGCGCGAGUUCACUAGUGAUAGUGACGUUAUACCCUCUGAUGAAAAGAGUCACGUACUGGCCCCAAUUGAUCCUCGGAAUGUGUUUCAAUUGGGGCGCACUUCUGGGUUGGUCCGCCGUGCACGGGUCAUGCGACUGGUCCAUCUGCUUGCCCCUUUACACCGCUGGAGUCAGUUGGACGCUCGUGUACGACACUAUAUACGCGCACCAGGACAAAGUGGACGACGCCAUAGUGGGCGUAAAGUCGACGGCUUUGAAGUUCGGGGACAGGACUAAACGUUACUUGUCCGGAUUCAGCACAAUCACGACGACGGGAUUAAUCGCAUCGGGUGUCCUAGCCGCACAAACUUGGCCGUAUUACACAGCCGUGGGUCUGGUCGCCGGUCAUCUGGCCAAUCAGAUUUAUACUUUGAACACGGACGAUCCAGCAGACUGUGCCGAGAAGUUCAAAUCGAACAAAACGAUCGGUGCGAUUCUGUUCGCGGGAAUCGUCCUAGGUAACCUCGUAAAACAGCCGUCUGCCAGCAAGAAGAAGGAAAACGAAAUCGCCGUCGCGCUGCUGGAAGGAACCUCUACCUCUGCCGCGUAAGAGAAGAAUCAUCGAUAUCUCUCUCUCUCUCACGGCGCGAACGACCGUGAAACACUGGCAGAACGCGUUCAACGACGUCCGACUGGCUGGUUCCAGUACAUUCAACAACGACGGCACGAAUCAGACGUUUCACCACGUUUUACCGUCGCGUGCCACGACGAGCGAUGGAUUUAAUUUCCACCAACGAUCGUCAUCGUCAGUAGUAGAUGAUAGGGACAAGGGGAAGGGGGAGCCAAUAAGUUUAAGUACGAACCGUGUACCAAAGACAACACUAUUGUAAACGACGUACAACGCGUCGACCAAUGUUCAGCAGAACCUAAUACACACGAGUGAUCGAAAUCAGAGACAAA